UGGCUCAGGCACCUCGAGCAAACAGACAUCCCUCGCAACACAGACAGACCAAUCCGGCCAUGCGGAGUGCGAUCCUGUCGUGCUUGGCCUUGGCCGUCACGGCCAAGGAGCUUACCAAGGAGACCUGGGACGAGGCAGUGAGCGGGAAGACGGUCUUCGUCAAGUUCCUCGCUCCUUGGUGAGGCCACUGCAAGAAGAUGAAGCCCGAAGCGAGAUCGCAACGAGUGCAGGGCUGGUGCAGGGCUGGUGCCGGUGCAACCGCCCGGUGGGGGGAGUAGUGAGCAGCUCUGUGGUUGAGUGGUUUGAUUGAGUUGUGCGCUCUGUUAGGUUGAGAGGGUUGAUCAGUGGAUCUCGAAUGAUCUUGAUAAACGGUACUGGAAAUUCCUCUAUAGCUUCAUUGACUUUGGACAUGCGCAGAUGUUCAUUUUUGUCUAGCACAAUCGUCCAAUGCUUCCAAAACAUGUCACUUUGCAAGAGAGCUGAAGGAGUCCGGUGGUUUCAGUCUUUUUCAGUUUCCAAGUGGGCUGAAACAAAAACUAACAGAUCCAGGCCUGAUUCUUAGUGAAACCAGUUGCAGGACGUAACUUGCUGAUGGAUCCCACAAUUCUCCUCCCGGUCAAACAGCUGGGAAGUCCAUGAUCCGGUGCUUGAUUCUCGUCUCAGCCAUUGCCAGACCUCGGGGUAAACCCACUGAAGAACCUCGUGCAUACGCCGGAUGUGACUGAUGAAGGAUUGGGACAAGCUGAUGAAGGAGUACGAGGGCUCCUCCAACAUUCUGAUCGCAGAUGUGGAUUGCACCGCCGGUGGAAAGAGCAAGUGUGAGGAGGUGGGCGUUCGUGGCUAUCCCACCAUCAAAUACGGUGACCCCGAUGACCUCCAGGACUACAAGGGCGGUCGCUCCUUCAGCGACCUCUCGAGCUUUGCGAAAGGCUUGGGCCCAGCCUGUGGCCCUGCCAAUCCAGAGUUGUGCGACGCGGCCAAGAAGAAGAUGUUGGACGAAUUCAUGGCCUUGGACGGUACCAAGCGGGAUGCCAUGAUCAAGGAGAAGGAGGAUGAGAUCGAAAAGCUCGAGAGUGGCUUCAAGACCUUCGUGGAGGGCCUCCAAAAGCAAUACCAGGAGGGCAGCGACAAGAAGGAUGCAGACGUCGAGGCCAUCAAGACCUCGGGCUUGGGGUUGCUCAAGGCAGUGCACAACUAUGCCAAGAAGCAGAAAGGUGAGCUGUAAAGCGCUCAAACCUUCGACCUCAGUGGUCAGUGGUUCGAUCUGGAGCUGAAAUGACAAGAUCC